AUGACGGACUUCCAGACGGCUUCCAGCUCCCUGGAGGAAAUCAAAAACCUAUGCAGCGAGCUGCUGAACGCAACGGAGGAGGAGGUGUUCAACAAGCUGAGUCUAUAUGACGAGUUGGAAAAAAAGUUGAAGAAAAUACAACCAAUAAUAACUCGCAUACGUAUUCGUAGGAACGAGAAGGAUGAAUCGAAGAGGACAUAUGGAGAAAAGAUGAUUAAAAAUGUGGACACUCUCCUGGAGAGGUAUGAUAUGGUUUAUAACAUCUACGAGGAGGAACUGACUAUUUUUAGAGAAAACUACGAAAUUGAGAAAAAGAAAAUUAUUGCGAAUAAGUUGCUACAGGAGCAGCAACGGAAGGAGCAUGAAGCGCAGCUACUCAACAGGGGGAGAGAAGAAACCAAAGUGGAACACUUGACGAUUCAGAGGAUGAAUGAAGAAAAAAUGAGGGCUCUACAAAACACACAAGAAGAUCAUGCGCAGAGGAUGAAGCGGGUGGAAACAAUAAAGGCCAUCAUUCAGGAGAAGUGUGGCUUCCUCUGUGACGAGAUUGCUGCGGCGUGCGACCGUGACGCGGCCGUGCAGUACGUGCAUGCUCAGCUGGGGGGGCCUCCGGGCGGAGCGAACACGGCCAACGGUGCCAACGGGGCGAACACGGCCAACGAUGCGAACGAUGCCAACGCCGCCAACGAUGCCACCACCGCCAACCUUGCCACCACCGCCAACCUUGCCACCACCGCCAACCUUGCCACCACCGCCAACCUUGCCACCACCGCCAACCUCGCCAACCCCGGCAACGGUGCGGUCCACCUCGUCGACUGCCUCUACCUGGUGUACAAGCAAAACGAGUUCAAGCCAUUCAAGGAGGCACUCCAAAAUAUCAUCGAGUACCUAACCCACUUGGUCAAAAACGUAGACAAUGAGCAAAUGAAACUCAUAAAUCUCAUGAACGAACAGUUCCAAAAAAAUAUUCUUUCCAAGAAGGGGACUCUUCUCCUAUUCGUUUUAAUUGGGUACGUGGUGAAAAGGCCGGGAGACGUGUUGCAUGUGCUGAAGAAGCUUAACAGGUCAGUGGACGAGAAAAAUAUUUAUAUGUAUUUGGAAGAACCAGACAUCGCUGCUGACUAUGAGGGGUGGAAGUGCUGGUACGAUGGUCUGCAAACUGCGCUCGAUGUGUUGUGCUCCUUCUCCCGCUGCGUGAACAAGUAUUGCGAUGUCCCCUCGGAUGAGCAGGUGCGCUCGGCUUUUUUGUACUUGCGGAGGAAGUUUGGCGAGGUGAGAAGUGCGACGGGGUUAGAAGUGUGA